UCCCGUGCCUGGCGGGUGCUAAUGGCAGCUUCUCUUCCUUUGCAGAACGGGCAGGCUGCUCCAGAAGAAGGUGGGAAUCCUCCAUCCAAGGCAAAGUCAGACAUCACUUGGAUAGAGAAGGACCUGGUGGACUCAGCAGACAAGGGCGAAGGCGUUGUGAAAGAAAUCAACAUCACCCACCAUGUGAAGGAAGGCUCUGAGAAAGCUGAUCCUUCGCAGUUUGAGCUCCUGAAGGUGCUGGGACAGGGCUCUUUCGGCAAGGUUUUCCUGGUGAGAAAAAUAACCCCGCCAGACAGCAACCACCUCUAUGCCAUGAAAGUGCUCAAGAAGGCGACGUUGAAAGUGCGUGAUCGAGUGAGGACGAAGAUAGAAAGGGACAUCUUGGCUGAUGUAAACCAUCCCUUUGUGGUGAAACUCCACUACGCAUUCCAGACGGAGGGGAAGCUGUAUCUCAUCUUGGAUUUCCUCAGAGGAGGUGACCUUUUCACUCGGCUUUCCAAAGAGGUCAUGUUCACUGAGGAGGACGUGAAGUUCUACCUAGCGGAGCUGGCUCUGGGGCUCGACCAUUUGCACAGCCUGGGAAUCAUCUACAGGGAUCUCAAACCAGAGAACAUCCUCCUGGAUGAAGAAGGGCACAUCAAACUCACAGAUUUUGGCUUGAGCAAGGAGGCUAUAGACCACGAGAAGAAAGCCUAUUCCUUCUGUGGGACGGUGGAGUAUAUGGCUCCAGAAGUCGUGAAUCGCCAGGGCCAUUCCCACAGUGCUGACUGGUGGUCCUACGGGGUGUUGAUGUUUGAAAUGCUCACCGGCUCGCUGCCCUUCCAGGGGAAGGACCGUAAGGAGACCAUGACCCUCAUCCUCAAAGCGAAGCUGGGCAUGCCCCAGUUCCUCAGCUCCGAAGCACAGAGCCUCCUGCGAGCCCUUUUCAAAAGGAAUCCAGCCAACCGAUUAGGAGUGUAUUCCCAAUCAACUCUGUCCCCUCUUUUUCAGGGCGAAGGCGUUGUGAAAGAAAUCAACAUCACCCACCAUGUGAAGGAAGGCUCUGAGAAAGCUGAUCCUUCGCAGUUUGAGCUCCUGAAGGUGCUGGGACAGGGCUCUUUCGGCAAGGUUUUCCUGGUGAGAAAAAUAACCCCGCCAGACAGCAACCACCUCUAUGCCAUGAAAGUGCUCAAGAAGGCGACGUUGAAAGUGCGUGAUCGAGUGAGGACGAAGAUAGAAAGGGACAUCUUGGCUGAUGUAAACCAUCCCUUUGUGGUGAAACUCCACUACGCAUUCCAGACGGAGGGGAAGCUGUAUCUCAUCUUGGAUUUCCUCAGAGGAGGUGACCUUUUCACUCGGCUUUCCAAAGAGGUCAUGUUCACUGAGGAGGACGUGAAGUUCUACCUAGCGGAGCUGGCUCUGGGGCUCGACCAUUUGCACAGCCUGGGAAUCAUCUACAGGGAUCUCAAACCAGAGAACAUCCUCCUGGAUGAAGAAGGGCACAUCAAACUCACAGAUUUUGGCUUGAGCAAGGAGGCUAUAGACCAUGAGAAGAAAGCCUAUUCCUUCUGUGGGACGGUGGAGUAUAUGGCUCCAGAAGUCGUGAAUCGCCAGGGCCAUUCCCACAGUGCUGACUGGUGGUCCUACGGGGUGUUGAUGUUUGAAAUGCUCACCGGCUCGCUGCCCUUCCAGGGGAAGGACCGUAAGGAGACCAUGACCCUCAUCCUCAAAGCGAAGCUGGGCAUGCCGCAGUUCCUCAGCUCCGAAGCACAGAGCCUCCUGCGAGCCCUUUUCAAAAGGAAUCCAGCCAACCGAUUAGGUUCUGGACCAGACGGGGCAGAAGAGAUCAAGCGCCAUCCUUUCUACUCCACCAUCGACUGGAACAAGCUGUACCGCCGGGAAAUCAAGCCCCCCUUCAAGCCUGCAGUGGGCCAGCCAGAUGACACCUUUUAUUUUGACACAGAAUUUACCUCGCGUACACCGAAAGAUUCCCCAGGCAUCCCCCCAAGCGCGGGGGCCCAUCAGCUCUUCCGAGGCUUCAGUUUUGUGGCGACAGGAUUGAUGGAGGAUGGCAAGGUGAAACCCGCCCAGCCGCCUCUGCAUUCGGUGGUGCAGCAGCUGCACGGCAAGAAUCUCCAGCUCAACGACGGCUACGUGGUGAAGGACACGAUCGGCGUCGGCUCCUACUCGGUGUGCAAACGCUGCAUCCAUAAAGCAACCAACAUGGAGUACGCAGUCAAGAUUAUUGACAAGAGCAAGCGAGACCCUUCUGAGGAGAUAGAAAUCCUCCUGCGAUACGGGCAGCAUCCAAACAUCAUCACUUUGAAAGAUGUGUACGAUGAUGGGAAGUACGUGUACCUGGUGACGGAGCUGAUGAGGGGAGGGGAGCUGCUGGAUAAAAUCCUCAAACAGAAAUUUUUCUCGGAGAGGGAAGCCAGUUUGGUCCUGCACACGAUCUGUAAAACGGUGGAGUAUCUGCAUUCCCAAGGGGUGGUUCACAGGGACUUGAAACCCAGCAAUAUCCUCUACGUGGAUGAGUCAGGAAACCCCGAAAGCAUUCGCAUUUGUGACUUUGGCUUUGCCAAGCAGUUGAGGGCUGAGAACGGCCUUCUCAUGACUCCCUGUUACACGGCAAACUUUGUGGCACCCGAGGUACUAAAACGCCAAGGCUACGACGAGGGCUGUGACAUCUGGAGCCUGGGAGUUCUCAUGUACACGAUGCUCGCAGGCUCCACUCCAUUUGCAAAUGGUCCCGGUGACACUCCAGAAGAGAUCCUGACCCGGAUAGGCACAGGGAAGUUCUCCAUCACUGGAGGCAACUGGGACACUAUUUCUGACAUGGCCAAGGAUCUGGUAACAAAGACGCUUCACGUAGAUCCUCACCAGCGUCUGACAGCCAAGCAGGUCCUGCAGCAUCCAUGGAUCACCCAGAAGGACAGCUUACCCCAGAGCCAGCUGAAUCACCAGGACGUUCAGCUUGUCAAGGGGGCGAUGGCUGCCACGUACUCUGCACUGAACAGCUCCAAGCCAAGUCCCCAGCUGAAGCCCAUCGAAUCCUCCAUUCUGGCACAGAGGCGGGUGAAGAAACUUCCUUCCACCACACUGUGAAGCUGGGGGGGUCUGUGGCCCCUCGGCACGGUGCAGGGACACCAGGCUUGGAAUACCUACUGAAGACAAGGGGGGGCAGGAGAUGGGGCAGUCAAUGCCUGCAUAGGAGCUCCCUUGAGGACUUCUUCUCAAAAGGCCAAGUGCCUUUCUGUUUCUGAAAGACUGGCUCCUCCUUGUGUGGACUGAUCUUUGCCCAGAAGAACUUCACUGUAAAACUUUUUUUGAAGUGUAAAUUGUCAAUUUUUAAAGACAUCCAUCUGUGUAUAUGAGAACUAGAAUGUAUAACUGAUGUCCAGUGGCACUAAAAAGCAGCUCUGAUUCACCCUUUCCUGUGUAGGGCCAGAUAUUUGUUGUAGCUACAUCAUUUCUUGGAAUUGAUCUUCUCCAACACCAUUGCAGCCGGAAGAGUUGAGUUUUUAGGCCUUGGGGUUUUUCCUCCCUUCAACCUUUGGAUGCUCUUCCCAAAGUCAGCCCUGCAGACUCCUAGCCAGCCACACUCCUGUUUGGAAAGGAUUUCCCUCCCCUGCACUUCUUGUGCGUGUGCGUUCAGAGUGUAAGGUCGAUUUCUUCAGACUCCAUUUCUUCCUCCCUCCUGCCCUCCCCCAGCCCAGACGACAGUUCUCUGAACAAAAUAAACCACGGGUUUUCCAAACACCCCCUGAGAUGCUCAGCUCUCCAGAAUACAGGCCAGGUUUGGCUCAUUCCUUUCCUCUGCCCUCCCAUCUUUGUGUUCUCCCCAUCGAUCCCUGGGGAGUCUGUCACCCACACAGGUGGAGAUGACAAAGGAACCUUCUCCUCGGCAAAGCUGAGGCCUCGGGCUGGCUCUGGCUGCUGCUUUUAACAUUUUUGGGUUUCCUUCCCUUCAGCAGGAACCUAUGAAACAAACUAUCCCUUUUUUUUUUUUUUUUUUUAAUUUAACUUUGUUCUACAGCUGGUAACUCAGGGUUUCUUUCUGAAUUGUACAAUAAACGUGUCAUUCAGUUGAUGGUUUUUUUACUGACUGACUUUGAGCUGCAGAAUAAGCGACCCUGGUCAUUUCCCCACGUGGGACGGGGAUGAGGAUUCUUGCCUGCCUUUUGGGAGGUCUGCAAAGCUUUUUCCUCUGGCCCUGUGAUGGAAAAACCAGCGGUGCUGUAGUAGGGCUGCAUCUUAUGCCACCUUCUCUCAGGUGCAAUUCCUCAAUUUGUAGUGGGAAGGAAUUACAACCAGUUACGGAGUAAAUCCAUCAUCAACAGGAAAGGAGGCAGGACACGGGCUGCAGAGGGGAACUUACUCUCAGGACAUUUUAGCGCUAAUAGAAACCAACACCGAGAGGCAAACUGUGCUAGAAAUGAAUUCCCCACCCAAUUCUGACUUGAAGGGAGUUGCUGGAGCUCCCUGGUUUGGUGGUGGCUGUUUCUUGGGAGGAGCAGGAGAGCUACGGGGACCUCGAAUGCUCGCGUGCUCCAGGACGCGACUGAAACCAGCAAAGGUUCUCAUGUGAAUUUCUGCUAUUUUGGCUGAUCAUAUAACGAGAGGGGGAGCUUUCUCUUGCUUUUCCCUUUUGCUCAACAGUCCCAGUUGGCUCUAAAAUGGAUAAUUCCUUUUCUCAGAGAUGUUCUAGCUCUCUCCUCCUCCACCCUCAUCCAGGCAGGUCCUGUUUUACUCCCCGGAGCAGCCAGAGAGAAGCUGAAAUAGUCAUGAUUUUUUAAUAUAUUUAUUCCAAGUACUGCCCUAGUGUCCAGUGCCACUGAGAGGAGGAGGCCAGUGCACACGGGAUCUUCUCACUGGUUUUGCAGAGCUGGAUUUACUGUUUUGCUGAGAGCUGGGGAAGGGACACUCCACCACCCAAAAUGCCUUCCUUAAAAAUACUUGCUUUCUCCUCUGGCACAAGGUUUGCCUUGGUGCCACUCAACCUGCCUUAUGUUUCCUACAACUGUGCAGUAACUCUCACGCUGGUGAAAAGGUGUGUGAAUUUUAGGUACCUGAAACAACUACAAUAAUUAUAAACAGCUUAUUUCGGGAGCUGGGGUUAGUCCCAAUGGGCACUGUUGGGACUGAAGUAGGUUCCUCAACAGUUUUUCAGAAUGUUUCCUCUGUUGGACUUCACGGGUGAGGUCUGAAAUGGUGGAUGGGGCUGGAGGUGUUGGUGGUGACCACCACUCACUGUGAGCCUCACAACAGCAUGGGAUGGGUCUUAAAGCAAACAUCCAUCCUGCUUGGGUGGCAGGUGGCUUGUCUAUAUGGAAUUGUAAAUGUUUUCAAAUAUCAGUCAGGAAAAACAUUACAAUCUUAGCUUAAUCCUCCCUGUAAUGCUGCUGGUGUGAAACCAACUAGAGGCAACUCCCGAGGCGUGUAGGACAACCAGGGGCAGAGCUUGGUGGGCACAGGGAGAGCAGCCCAUGGUUGCUGCAGGCUCUGCCUGGCUGUGAGAUGAUACCCGAGGCAUGAAACCCCCCCAGCCUCGCUGGGGGCUUCAGAGGAACUUUGGUGCAGCUGUAGCUUCUGGGAUCUCCAUGACUUCGGAGACCAGAGCGAACAAGAAGGGCUGCACCUCGCUUUCUGGGGUGCUUUUAACCAAGUUGUUAUGAGUGAUCCUUCCAUAAGUAAGAAUAAGUCUUGAUUUUUAGUUCCAAAUCAACCAAGUGCUGUUACUUUUUUAAUUCCAGUGCUCAAUAAAAAUGGACUUGUUGAUCUUUCUGUGUA